AUGAAGACCGGCGCGUCAAGAAUUUUAAGAAUCUCCACUCCCAAAUCAGUGAUACCGGCGUCUGCACCGCGAGCAUAUAUCUUUUCGGCAACCUUUGCCAGCCAAGCAGCUCAGCCCAAAACCGGGAAUAAGCGACCGGCUGCUGGUACCUUCCAACAUAGUCUUACACCACCACCACCACCAAUCCCACGGCCGUCUACAUCACCUGCCUCGAAGGAAUCAAAAAUGGCCGAUGCUUUUGACGAGACUACCGCGGGGACACUCGAAGACAGGGCGCAACAGGGGCGCAAAGGCGGGGCCGGGGGCCGCAAGGGCGGACGUGGCGGCGGCGGCGGCGGCGGACAGAACAGAGAAGUUCUUGUGUCAAAGGCGCUUUCGCGGCUUCUGAGGCAUCAGGCUGAGAACGCGGGGAUCACGCUUGAUGAUGGGGGUUAUGCGCCGUUGGAUAAAGUGCUUGCCUACGGUCCCAUCCGAUCUCUCAAAGUAACCUUCGCGGAUAUCCAUUCCGCCGUCUCGACAUCGGACAAGCAGCGCUUCGCGCUGAAGCCAAAUGAGACCACCAACCCCUCCUUGGACGAGACGUCCGUGGACCCGUCGCACUGGCUCAUCCGCGCAAACCAGGGCCACAGCAUCAAGCUCGACUCGGCGUCCCUCCUUACCCCAAUAACUCCUGAGAACGUGCCGGAAACAGUCGUACACGGGACGUACUUUGCGUUCUGGAAGCAGAUUGAAGAAUCUGGUGGCCUGAAACGAAUGGGGCGGAACCAUGUGCAUUUCGCGACCGGUCUGCCUACGGACGAGAAGGGCGUCAUUAGCGGGAUGAGGAAAGACGCCGAGCUUCUGGUGUAUGUUGACGUCGCCAGGGCGCUGAAGGAGGAGGGCCUAAAGUGGUGGAUUAGCGAGAACGGCGUUGUGCUCACGGAGGGAGACGAGGAGGGCGUGGUGCCGAGUAGGCUUUUUAAGGAGGUCAGGGGACGGGAUGAGGCGCUCGUUGGGACGUUGUGGAGUGACGGGGAGAAGAUUGCGGACUUGCCUGAGGGCCUGAAGAUGAGGGCUCCUCCUGGGAAGGGAGGUAGAGGAGGCAGGGGCGGUAGGAGGGGUGGUCGGUCGUGA